ACUUAUCUUCCUCUUCUCAUUCAUCAAUUCACAACUUGUUAGCCAAGUUCAUCAAUACAAAAUUACAAAUUACUCAUUAAAUUAUAACAAGUUCUUGAGAUAUAUAUAGUUACAUAUAUAUCAAUAAUAUUGAAAAUGACAACAAUCUAUGAGAAUAAUGAUCUCGCGACUGAGCUGAGAUUAGGGUUACCUGGUACAACAGAUGAAUCGAAGACAGAAUUAUCGAAUAAUAAAAGAUCUUCAUCAGAUUUAAAUCAUCAUGAUCAACAAGACUCCUCUUCUACACCAAAAGUACAAAUUGUUGGUUGGCCACCUGUUAGAUCUUACAGGAAGAAUAUUGUUAUCCAAACCAAGAAUUCAAAUUGUGAUAUUUCCCAAGGAAUGUAUGUGAAAGUUAGCAUGGAUGGAGCACCUUAUCUUAGAAAAAUUGACCUAAGGUUUUACAAAAGUUAUCAAGAACUACUCAAGGCUUUGGAGAACAUGUUCAAGCACCCUAUUGGUAUAUAUUUGGAAAAAGAAGGCAAUACUACUUGUGGAUCUAAUUAUGUAUUGACAUAUGAAGACAAAGAUGGUGAUUGGAUGCUUGUUGGAGAUGUACCAUUGGAUAUGUUCAUUAAUUCUUGUAAAAGACUUAGAAUAAUGAAAGGGUGUGAAGCUAAAGGUUUGGGAUGUAUAUAGAAAUUAUAUCUUAUAUAUUUAAGACGGAUUCUGUAGGUUAAAUUUUGAUUUUAGCUCGAUUUUAUAUAUAAAUAUACACAAAAAAUAAUUUAAAAUAUAAUAUAUAUGAUGAGGUUCUACUCGUUUUUUGA